AUGGACCCUUUUCGUAUCGUCACCCCCAAUGUCUAUCUCACUGCUGACGAUAUCCUCGACAAGAUUGCGAUUGCCGUUGAGGGGGAGGACACUGAUGAUAGUGAUAAUGAUGCUGAUGACACUGAUGAUAAUUCUGAUGACGACGGACCGGUGGAAGAACUAGACAAGGAGGAAGCUGUAGCUGUUGAGCCUGAAGGUGAGGCUGAACUCGUCCCUGGUAUUGAAGUUCACUGGAUCAGUAGUGACGACGACUCUGAUAGCGAUGAUUAUGCUGAUUCCGCCUCUGGUACUCCGUCUUUGGCAGCAGUCCUGGCUGAUCUCAGGGACGUGUAUUAUUCUGAGUGA